AUAUUUUUAUACAUAUUAAGUAUCCUGCUUGAAAUUAGGAUUUGGGCCCAAAAAGGCAAUAGUUUUAAGCUUAACAUAUAGAAGAUGACAACUUCUAGUUAUUAACAUUUAAUAAGCACUGCUUCUCAGAGGCCAAUUUAUUUUAUUUUAUCAGCCUGACUGGGAGGUAUAAUUAUGGUAUUAUUAUUAUAAAUAAUUAAGUGUUUUUGAAGAAAAGCACAUUUUCAUGUAACGAGACUGUUCUGAUUAGGUGAAUUCUAGUUUAGUUUAUUAGGAGUAAUUUUUUUAGCUUAGUUUAGUCCAAUAGCGUUUAUGUUCAAUGAAGACAAAUACAUUGUGUUAUGAAGGUUGUUUGUAGAUGUGAUUUUGUGUUUGUAGUUUUUUCUUCCAACUGAAUAUAAGGAAUCAGACGUUUGCUAAGUUGUAAAACAUAUAAAUGAUGAUACACCUUUAAUUAGUAUUUUAUGAGUCAUAAAGCUAAAAGUCAUCAAGUUGAUCCGAAGGUUCCAUUAUGACCCCAUAAUGGUUCUGGAAUUCUACAUCACAAAAGUCUACAGGAGAGAACAUUUCAGGUCUGGUUGUCAUUCCAAUAUCUUCACACGUUGAUUACAGACACAGAGAGACAUCCCGUUUUUAACUGUUUUAUUCAACAAGUAUUUCAAAGAUGUUUGGAAAAAGCAACUUGCAGAGGCCAAAUCACCACACGUAUGAUAUAGGUGACGAGGAUCCUCUCAUUAAAGAGCUCAGCAAAUUAAUGGCCAGACUUUCCAUAAGUGGACAGACUGAGCUAGCGUUCAGGUCUUCCAACAGCCGCAUAUCCAAUAAUGGGGGGUCCAGAGUUCAGCAAACCCUGAGAGAAGGCUUGGAGGUCAAUCCAAAACCUACCCCUAAAAGGAGAUGGGAGGAUCUGGAAUCGGCCGGUAUCAGAAGGCCAGACAGCCUCGGUCCAGAGAGGAAGAGGAGAAGACUGGACACAACGGAAAUAAAGAAGUCUUCCUGGAUGAGUCGCGCCAGAGCUUUUCAAAGGAAACGUUUGAGUGUUUUUUGUUCCAGGUCCAUUAUCAAGCAGACUUUGCCACCUGAGGUGCAAAAGAAGGAGCAAACUCUAAAAGAAGGCUUGGAGGACAAAGAAAAACCCUCCUAUAAAAGGAAAUGGGAAGAUUUCAAUUCAGCCGGUAUCAGAAGGCCAGACAACCUCGGUCCACAAAGAAAGAGGAGAAGAGUGGUUCUUAAACGUGUUCAGGCAGACGGUGACAUUGUCAUGGUUGCCAUGCCAAAAAAGAGAAAUAGAACCAGAAGGAGAAAGAGGAGACGCUGUGCGAAGCCUGUACAGGAUGCAGAGGAAUGGCGACACCCAGAAUGCUCGGGUCACAAGGGACCUGGAGAAAAGACCAGAGGAGGGAGAAAAGAGAAAAGAGGAGGGAGACAGAAGGCAAAGCAUGACGUGAGGUCAUGCUUUGACAAAAGGGGAAACACUGGACCAAAAAACCCCAGCACCCCACUUUACCGUGCCAGACCCUUUUACCAAAGAGAGCAAUUUGGACCACCAGGCAGAAGAAACCCACAAAACAUGCGUCACCAGGGCCACCGUCAGUGGGCAUCACCUGGUCCGAUGUGCCGGGCCCCGGGUCAAGGGAGGGCCCAAAGGGUCCCUUGGCAAAAAACGCCCUGGGCACCAGGAAGACACAAGGACCUGUGUGUCACUGUCACUUUCUAAAUCAAUGAAAUAAAUGUAAUUUGUUGUCUUCCUA